AUGCCGAUUGAAAAGAUAAUAUUAAAUAUAGACAUUCUUAGAUGGUUUGGAGUUCAAGUAAGCUCAAAUUUUUUCAGAGUUUUUUGGGUAUGGAGCUGUUUUGCAAUUUUUUCUGAGAAAGGUCAUUUACUGACUUGUUGUUGUCUAUUUUUUCUUUUUUAUCCGGGUCAGCUCACUGUAGUCGUGUUAUCAGCAAUAAAAUUAUCCGGCACUUUUGGCAACCUCAUUAACUCAUUUGUAGGUCCUUUCAUUCGUCCACAUCCGGUGCUAUGGAGGAUUAUUUUUGGGGUAAGCGUUAUGUACGCGAUGCUGCUGCAGUUUGCUUUGUUCCAAAGUUUUGGCGAUAUAAAACGGACGUUGAAGUGGCUAGAUCCUAAAAGACUUAACAUGGAAAGACUUGAAGAAAAGGAAUAUGCAGUAGACUGUUCGAACUUCACGUGGGAGCGGAUUUCGAAGUCUAUUGAUAUUUUUGUAAUUGGGCAUUUCUUAGGGUGGAUGAUGAAAGCAUUACUUAUCCGUCAUCAUCUUAUCUGUUGGUACAUUAGCAUCGCUUGGGAAGUCACUGAGCUGGUAUUUUCACACUUGCUCCCGAACUUUGAAGAAUGUUGGUGGGAUAUUAUUAUUCUCGACAUAUUUUUAUGUAACGGCCUUGGGAUCUACUGUGGGAUACGCUUGGCACAUUUUUUUGAAAUGAGAGAGUAUCACUGGGAAAGCAUAAAAGACAUCAAGACGACACGUGGAAAAUUUAAACGAGCGGUUCUUCAAUUCACUCCUGAAAGUUGGAUGCAAGUGGAUUGGUAUAACGAUGUUGCUAUCAGGAGAACACUUUCCAUUUAUGCAUUUGUUAUGAUAUGGCUUGUUACCGAGUUAAAUACAUUUUUCUUGAAGCAUAUCUUUGCGAUUGACACUUCCCACCCAAUUGUUUUUUGGAGAAUAAUUCUGAUUGGCCUUAUUUCGGCUCCAUCUAUUCGACAGUUUUACUUAUUUGCUACCGAUUCACGUGUUAAACGAAUGGGGAUGCAAAGCUGGAUCUAUGUAGCUGUUUGUGCUCUUGAAGGAGCUAUAUGCGUAAAGUUUGGAAGGGAUCAAUUUUCCCAUAUAAACUUGACAUAUAUUUGUUUAUGGAUUGCUGGCAUGGCUGUCGGGACAUUCUUCUGUGUGUUACUAUCAGUUCGUUUCGUUGGACGUUUAGCUAGCGUGAGUUUGACUGUUACGGAGGAAAAGGAUGACCAUGGAAACGUGAGGAAGUGGUAUUUGGACUCUAGUGUUGAAAAUCUUGGUGCUAUCGCGGACGAUGUAAGAGCGCGGAGGAGGGUGCUGAACAUGUCUGAAUCAGACGUCAGCUAA